AUGGCUCCCAAUACUGAUAUCGCCACUCGGGCGCUCGUGGUGGCUCUCAAAUCACCUUAUAUUGCAAAAACUACCACUGAGAUCAUGAAUAUUACAAAUCUCUCUGCUCGCCAAAUCAACCGUAUAUAUGCCAGAGCUCUCGAACGUGGCUUCAACCCUGAUCUCCUCUAUCUUACUAUCCGUGAUGAAUUCCUUCAAGAUGCCCCCCGCAGUGGCAGACCUACAAAACAGACUUCUCCUAUUUGA